ACCAAUUCACGCAAUCAACUUUGCAGCAGUAAUGAGCUGUGCAGGUGUCGGAAUCCUUUAUGUCGGCGUGAAUCCGCUGACUGCUGCGCUGGGGGCUGGAAACCUCGUGCUAUAUACUUCUGUGUACACUCCUAUGAAAAGAAUAUCUAUACUAAAUACAUGGCUUGGUUCUGUUGUUGGUGCUAUCCCUCCCCUAAUGGGCUGGGCUGGUUGCACAGGCUCACUUGACGCAGGCGCGCUGGUCCUCGGCAUGAUCCUCUACUCUUGGCAAUUUCCACACUUCAACGCAUUGUCGUGGAACCUCAGGCCGGAUUAUUCGCGUGCCGGUUAUAGGAUGAUGGCGGUCACUGACCCUGCUUUAUGCAGAAGAGUAGCGUUACGUCAUACGGGUAUAAUCACGGCCACGUGCGCUGCAUCACCGUACCUCGGGGUUACCAACAUGUGGUUCGCAAUCGAGUCGCUGCCUUUAAAUAUUUAUUUUAUGUACUUAGCAUGGCAAUUUUACAAGAAAUCGGACAGCGGAAGUUCAAGAAAGUUAUUUAGAUUCUCCUUAAUACACUUGCCAGCACUAAUGUUACUAAUGCUAGUCAAUAAGAAGUACUGGAGUUCACCUAGCAGUCAGGAGCAGGACGUAACAAUGCAGGAUGUCGCCAAAGUGACUGAUAAGAGAAUAGCAGUAUUGCCACGAGGACCAGUCGUCGCUGCCCAAGAUUCAGACAAAGAUUUCGUAAACUGAAAUAUUCUACACGUUUGUAGAUAGUAUUUUAUGUUUGUAAAUAAUUGUACAAUUAAUUAUGUGAGACUAGAGAGAUUAAGUCAAUCAAUACACAGAUAUAUUGUUAUGGCGACGACCAUAUAAUAUUUAUGGUGAUACCAUUCAUUUAUUUGCAGUUUAGUCGAAUAAUGUAGUUCCUCGUAACUUUAACGACUCA